AUAAUGGGAAUAGAUGAAGCAGGAAGAGGUCCAGUCCUAGGUCCAAUGGUUUAUGCAGCAUCAUUUUGUCCAGUUGAUUUUUCAGAAGAACUCAAGUCUUUAGGUUUCGCAGAUUCCAAAACAUUAACUCAUCAAAAAAGAUGUAAUCUAUUCGAAUCGAUCGUCCAAAGUUCUGGAAAAAUCCAAUGGAAUGUAAAAGUUAUGAGUCCUUCUGAUAUCAGUAUGGGAAUGUCACGUAGAUCUCCUUAUAAUCUGAAUGCUCAAGCAUUUGAUGCAACUGUUCAAAUCAUUCAAGCAGCUCUAGAUCAUCAAUACAUUCUUCAACAUAUCUAUGUAGAUACACUUGGUCCUCCCAAAACCCAUCAACUUAACCUACAAAAAGCUUUUCCUAAUCUUCAUUUCACAGUCUGUAGUAAAGCAGAUUCGAUUUAUCCGAUUGUUAGUGCUGCAAGUAUAGUGGCUAAAGUUACAAGAGAUGCUAUUGUUGAGAAUUGGAUGUUUGUGGAAUUAUCUAUUGGUAAACGUAAAAGACUUGAAGAAUCCCAAGAUGAUGAUGAUGACUCGAUUUGGAAUUUACCUACUGGUUCUGGUUACCCAGCUGAUCCAAACACGACCGCAUGGCUCAAAAGCCACUUUGAUAAAGUCUUUGGUUAUCCUCAACUAGCUCGGUUUAGUUGGGCAACCGUUAAAACCUUGCUAGCUGAUCGAGGAGCUCAAGUUACAUGGAACGAUGAACCUGCUAAAAUUCAAAAAUGGUUCAAAGAAGGUCAAUCUGGUUCAAACUCCAACCCGCCUACACUUAUCUCGAAACACUUUGGUCUUCAAACAAUCGGUUCGCUUUAAUCAUCUAGGGCUUAUUUAUCGUUUUCUCUGUACUUUUUGGAAUUUUCUUCUUUUUUUAUUGGUUCAUAUCCUCUUAGGUUGUACAAAGUUUAAAAACUAUUUGUCUUCUAGAUUGUUAUCUAUGUCAAACCAUCAAAUCAAUGUACUUUCUUUGUUACCCAAG